UACAGAUUGUGUUGAAGUUCAUAUUUUCUUUCAUCAAUGGCAACUGAGGGAAAGCUUAUAACAGUUCUCAGCAUUGAUGGUGGGGGAGUGAGAGGCAUUAUCCCGUCCAAAGUUCUGGCCUUCCUUGAAUCCGAACUCCGGAGACUGGAUGGUGACAGUGCAAGGAUUGCCGAUUACUUUGAUUUCAUUGCUGGGACUAGCACUGGAGGCCUUGUUACAUCCAUGCUCAGCUCCCCAGAUCCAGAUGAUCAAUCUAAACGUCCUUUUUCUGCAGAAAAGAUCCUUCAAUUUUAAGAUGAGAGUCCAAAUAUCUUUCCCCAGAAGCCAAACCGUCGUGGACGAACAGAUGAAACGUCUACGUUGGAACCCGCUGUAGAGGAAGCGGCUCGGUCAAUGGGCUCAAAUCCGGAUUUAGGUUCACUGAGAGACUUUCUCGGACGUCUCCUGCAUUUCUUAGCUGAUCCCAAAUACGAUGGCCAAAAAUUGAAGGAAGUGAUCAAAGUAAAGGUUGGAGAUAGAAGGCUUAGUGACACUCUAACUAACGUGAUAAUCACCUCCUUCGAUAUCAAGCUUCUCCAACCUAUUGUUUUCUCCACCUUAAAGGCGGCACGUGAUGAUUUAGAAGAUGUUCCACUACUAAAUGUUUGUUUGAGCACUUCUGCAGCACCGUAUUACCUCCCUCUUCAUAAAUUUGAAAUCAACUCAGUCAACGGCAGCAGAAAGUUCAACAUGGUCGAUGGUGGAAUCGCAGCCAACAAUCCUACUUUGCUAGCAAUAUCGGAGGUGGCCAAGGAGAAGUCAUUAGAUGGAAAAGCUCAAUGCUUGGACAACAUGGAUUGCAGUAAACUUCUUGUUCUCUCCCUUGGAACUGGAUCAUCAAAAAGGAAUAACAAGCUUGAGAUCAUAAAUGAAAACUGGGGACCCUUGCUGUGGUUGUUGGGGGAUAAUGGCAUCCCCUUCCUUGAUGUUCUAAUGAAUGCAAUAGAUGCUAUGGUUGACAUAUAUUUGUCUGCUUUCUUUCAAGACACUAGGUUUAAGGACAAUUAUCUACGAAUUCAGACUGAUUCCUUGAAUGAUUCCGAAAUUGGCAUGGACAACUCAAACCAAGAAAACCUUCAAAAUCUUGAGAAUAUUGGGAAUGGGCUUCUGGACAAGCCUGUUUCUGCCACGAACCUGGAAACUGGCUUACUUAAACCAAUUAGAGGGGCAGGCACAAAUAGGGCAGCAAUCAUCAAGUUGGCCAAACGAUUGUCAGAAGAAAGGAAGCGUCGCCUAGCUCAAAGCUCUACCUAGUAGCAUUGUGGCAAGAUCCAUCUAAAUAAUCUCCCACUGUCGAAAUUUCCCUUUGGUCGUCUCCUUGUAAAAUGGAGGCAAGCAGUUUCAGUAUUUCUAAUGAAAAUAAAUUCUCUAGCUAGCUUAUUAGCUAGAGAUGCAAGCUCCGUUCAAUAAUUUAGCGUCCUUGUAAUACAAGGAGGCAUGCUGUUUCCGUAGUUCUUAUGACAAUAAUUUCCCUUGCUGGUAGCUAGUGAUGCAAGGUCCAGUCUUUAAUUUCAUCAUUGUUCAAAUUCCCUGUUGUUUGUCAGCUUGUAAGGUCUGAAUUUGGGAGAUAGUUAAGGAUCUAUAGCCCACACCUGCUUGUAAGUUAUCAAGUGCAUUAAAAUAAAGCUGUUA